UUUGUGCAGAAUGUUUAUCUGGCUGGGGAGGCUACCAUCGCUUAAUGCAAGGUGUCGCUAGUGAUCUUCAACUUUCCGACGAUUCAAACUCCAACACGGGUAGACUAGUUGUUGGGCUCGGUUCCCCCGUCGAUCACUCCUAUGGUCGUUUACGUUUUUUCGGUAGAUCAAUUGGUCGGUUUUCUGGAGAAUCUCGAGUAGGGUGAAUGAGUAGAGGAGCAACGAACUGCAAGGCAGUAAGAGGAAAAGCGACCACAGCAAAUCGACUUGGAGGUAAUUUUGUGCGACCUAGAAAGACAACUUGCAAGAAGUGGAGCAGGAGGUUCGACUUCAACAGCAAAGAACCUCGACAAAAAGGUUAAAACAAGAGACCCGAUCGAGUCCAACAUUACAUAAAGUGAACACCUAACUUUUGUGCAUCUUCAACGCCGCAACUUUCUCAUGGAGGACAGUGAACAGCCAUUAAUCUCUCCAAGACACCAGAAUGAAACCCAAGAUCAAUCAUCUCCCUCUUCUUUCACCUUUUCCGCAGAUGCCACUGACAUCCCUCCCAUUAAUAACCUGGCUGAUUUCUUUAGUGAGUACCAAAGAGAGUCAAAGAAGUUUUGGUAUCUUGCUGCUCCUGCCAUGUUCACCUCCAUCUGCCGAUAUUCCCUAGGCGCCAUCACUCAAGUCUUCGCUGGCCACGUUAGUUCUCUCGCCCUCGCCGCCGUUUCCAUUGAGAACUCCGUCAUCGCUGGAUUCUCCUUCGGUAUCAUGCUUGGCAUGGGGAGUGCGCUUGAAACGUUAUGCGGACAAGCAUUUGGAGCAAAGCAGCUGAACAUGCUAGGCGUUUAUAUGCAAAGAUCAUGGAUCAUUCUAAACUCUACAGCUUUAUUAUUAAUGUUUUUGUACAUAUUCGCCGAGCCACUUUUGAAACUGAUAGGACAAACUGCAGAGAUAUCAAAGGCAGCAGGGGUAUUCGCCUUGUGGAUGAUUCCUCAACUAUUUGCAUACGCAAGUAAUUUCCCCAUAGCCAAGUUUCUACAGGCUCAAAGCAAGAUCAUGGUGAUGGCUAUGAUAGCAGGGACGGCCUUGGUGCUCCACACUUUUUUCAGCUGGUUACUGAUGUUGAAAUUAGGAUGGGGCCUGGUGGGUGCGGCGGUGGUAUUAAAUGGAACAUGGUGGGUCAUGGUUUUGUCUCAAUUCUCUUACAUACUUAGUGGGACUUGUGGAGAAGCAUGGUCUGGACUUUCAUGGAAAGCCUUUGAAAAUCUUUGGGCAUUUGUUAGGUUAUCUCUUGCAUCGGCUGUAAUGCUCUGUUUGGAGGUUUGGUAUUAUAUGGCAUUAAUUCUUUUCGCUGGAUAUCUAAAGAAUGCGAAAACUUCGGUCGAUGCGCUGUCUAUAUGCAUGAACAUAUUGGGGUGGACAGUGAUGGUGGUGAUGGGAAUGAAUGCGGCUGUGAGUGUGAGAGUGUCGAAUGAGCUAGGUGCAGCUCACCCAAGAACGGCCAAGUUUUCGUUGCUUAUAGCUGUAUCAUCUGCCUUUAUUUUCGGCUGUCUCUUCUCCAUGCUUCUGCUCAUCACACGCAACGGAUUCCCAGCUUUAUUUUCAAGUGACGCAGAUGUCCAAGAACUUGUCAAGGAGCUAACACCAUUUUUGGCCAUCUGCAUUAUCAUUAACAAUGUUCAGCCUGUUCUUUCCGGGGUUGCUGUGGGAGCUGGAUGGCAAGCCACCGUGGCGUACGUUAACAUUGGAUGUUACUAUAUCAUUGGGGUUCCGUUAGGUCUGGUAUUGGGAUACAAGCUUGACAUGGGUGUCAGGGGGAUCUGGAUAGGGAUGAUGUCAGGGACAGCCACACAGACUUGCAUUCUUUUCGGCAUGAUUUAUAAAACAAAUUGGAGCAAAGAGGCUUCUAUCGCUAAAAAUAAGAUUAAAAAGUGGGGAGGACAGAAUCGUUCCCAAGAGCCACCAGAGUGAUUUAGGCCAACGAAACUGGCGCCCUAACGGGCAUGCUUCAAAGUGGAUUUUGUUUUUCUUCCUUGUUUUCUCAGUCACGUCGACAUCAUCUGGCCAAUUUUAGGUAGUAAAUAAGGCCUUGUAAGUAGGGUUUUCACUCAUUUAUUCGAAGCCAGUAAUGGCAAAAUGGUUUGCAUUGAAAUAUUCAUCUUUUCAAUGGUCAGUCUACAGGGGUGGAUAGAGCCUAGAGAGUUGUUCAAUUGACAAAGGAAAAAAAAGAUUCUUUAAUUAGCUUAUAUUACAAGCA